GUCCCCCCCCCCCCCGCCCCCCUCCUCCGUCCCCCUCCUCUUGCUCUUCGUCUUCCCCCUUGUGAUUGCUCCCCUCUCUUCCCCGUCCGUUCUCAAGCCAUUUCGGGACGCCAUUUCGCCUCCGUUCCCCGGGAGUCGCGCGAGCCUAGAUUGUUCCCUUGCUCGCUAACCCGAUAUCGUAGAAGAUUCGGCCUGAUAUCUUUGAGAAUCGAGGUUGCCUUCGAUUCAUUGUUGGAAAAGUUUGAGAGCGCGGGACGUGGUGGAUCGAGCAGUGAGUGGCGCUGGAGUAAAUGUCUACUAGCGCUGGUCAUUUUACAAUCUUCUUCAAAUAGAGUUUUUAUCGAGUCACUCUCGUUCACAUGUGUGAUUUAGGCAGGGUCGUGUGACGCCUCAUAAUCCAUAUUUUCUAGGUUACAGAGAACAUAUCUAACAUGGAUGGAAGCACCUGCUUGGCAAUUGUCUCUUCCCCGAGGUAUCGUAUGCUCCAGAGUCAUGAUAAUGCGGUACAGUCGAAAGCGAUAUCUUCUGACAGGGUUUUAUCUGGUUGUCACUCUCGAGUGCGCAACCGGAGCUCUGGUCGAGAUAUUUUCGGUGCAAAUUCUCCUGUAGAGAAGACCAGGAAGCUUAGUUUCAAUGUGGAACCCAAUAUGAUCAAUCGAAACCAUAGCUUGUUGAAGUAUGUAAGGAUCUCCGCAACCGUAACGCCUAUCAGGCCUUUGAAGGCUACAAAACAGAAGGAAACAGGUGACAGGAGGUCAAGUACACGUCCUGUUUCACAGGUUCUGGGGGAAAGCCAGAACGAGUUCAGAAAAGUAGGAAAAAGUUCGCCUGGCAAAUUGGAUGACUGGUCAAAGGGUUGGCCAGGUGGUGAGAAAGCUCUCAAAGGCUGGGUUGAGAUGCUGGAGUUGAAACCUAGUGUUGCUCGAGAAUUUGCACAGAGCUAUGACCCAGACAGAUUAGCAGAUAUGAUGGCAGAACAGCCAGGUCGAGUGCGUGCACGGGCGUUUAGCAUAAUGAAAAAUCUUGGACUAUUCGCUGCAAAUGUUCUACUUGAUAAGCAGCUGGGAGUGCAGAAUAGUCAGCGCAGGCUGCAACGUGCUCGUGAACUACGCCAAAUACUCUGCCAUCUUGGUCCGUCUUUCGUCAAGGUGGGGCAAUCUCUCUCCGUGAGGCCUGAUAUUUGCCCACAAGAAUACCUCGAUGAGUUCUCUGGGUUGCAGGAUAGAAUUCCUUCCUUCCCAACUCCAAUUGCAUUUGCCUUGAUAAAAGAGGAACUUGGUGUUCCGUUGGAGGACGUCUUUACUGAAAUCUCUCUGGAGCCUGUUGCAGCAGCGAGCUUGGGUCAGGUUUACAAGGCACGUUUACGCUCUACUGGAGAACUUGUGGCUGUCAAGGUUCAAAGACCCGGCAUUGGUGACAGCAUUGCUCUGGAUAUGUUUCUCGUGCGAAAAGCAGCCGCUUGGGCUGAUGCAAAUACGGAAAUUUCGAGGUCUACUCGUCUGGUAGAUAUCGUGGACGAGUUUGCUAGCCGUCUUUUUGCGGAACUUGAUUACAUCAAGGAAGGUCGCAACGCAGAACACUUUGAUUCCCUGUAUGGUAGUCUUCCACGCAUACGGGUUCCAAAAAUACAUUGGGAGUUUACAUCACGAAGAGUUUUAACCAUGGAGUGGAUAGAAGGAGUCAAACUCACAGAUGAGCGUGGUCUUCGUGGUUAUGGAAUGAAAGCUGUAGAUUUUGUUGAUUUGGGCGUAGAUUGCACGAUGCGCCAGCUACUAGAGCAUGGAUAUUUUCAUGCUGACCCUCAUCCUGGGAACAUUCUCGCUACUCGGGCAGGCGAGCUCGUGUAUCUGGACUUUGGGAUGAUGAGUGAAGCUCCACUUUCCGCAAGGUACGGAAUUAUGGCACACGUUGUCCACCUUGUGAACCGUGAAUACGGUGCAAUGGCUCGAGACUACUAUACCCUUGGCUUCCUAGACUCUAGUGUAGAUGUGGCACCUCUUGUGCCGGAGCUUGCCAAUUUCUUUGACGAUGUACUCAAUAAAUCGGUCUCAGAAUUUAACCUGAAGUCAGUGAUAGAUGGGCUUGCCGAAGUACUGUAUCAAUUUCCGUUUAAGGUGCCUGCGUAUUAUGCAUUGAUUGCGCGCUCACUGACAGUGUUAGAAGGGAUCGCCAUGCGCUCAGAUCCUUCAUACAGGCUGAUAGCGAGGGCAUAUCCUUAUAUCGCAAAGCGUCUACUAACAGAUGAAGCUGAAGAACUUCGCGGGGCGUUGGAAGAAUUCUUGAUCCAAAACGGAUCUUUUAGGUGGGCUAGACUUGAAGAUCUUAUCAAAGAGGGACGUAAAGUUGGAGGGAUCCGUGAAGAGCAACUUUGGUCUUUCUUGCAUUGGCUUGUUUCGGAGCAAAAGGCUUAUGGGGUCCGUGGGGCGCUUGUAAAUGACCUCAUCCCUAUUAUAGAAGCUGUUGGCAUAAAUGCAACUCGUUCCGCUGCAGCCUCAAUUGCUGGCAUCAUGCGAAUCUCCCGUGAAGAGGCGGAGGCUCUAGUCGAUAGAGCUAUUCCACUGAAGUUGUCUGAACGACAAGCCUUGCAACGAGCCCUUCUCUUGCAAGGAAUUGGAGAUACUGCUGCAUCGUCAUCUGCCAAAAGUGAGAUUCCAACUCAGAGAGAACCAGAGCAGCAAAGAGGACAAGCACCAUGGGACAUUCCUGUAGAUUUUUUCAAUUCCGUUCAAGAAGGAGUCGAUGGUGUACGGAAGCAAAUCGAUCGUACCAGAGAGCAAUUCGAUCGAACCGUCCCUGAGCUCCAACGUCUAUUUAACUCGCCAAACCUCGCAGGCAUGGCGAAUGAGAUUGGACGUGGUUUACUCACUCGAUUAAGUGCUCGGGCUUUGAAGGUUGUACUUCGUGAAGAUACCAAGGAGGACCAAUGAGGUGGUCAUAUUUUGUGAAAUAGACGUGUGUACUUGCUGGAUAAACCCAUUUUUUUUCUUCUGCGCCAUCAUUUUUACCAUUGGUGUUCUCAGCUAUAAUUUCCACUGAGAUGUAUAGGAAUGUAUAUUUUUUUUCGGACGUACCCCAAGAUUUUGGCCGUCUGGAUUGAAAGUGUGAAUGAUAUCAACCUGACCCUUAAAUUAUGGGGUUAUUUUAAAACUAGAUUUUUCCUA